AUGGAAGACGAUCCCAACAAGACCCCACCUCGGCGGCCCGUCUCACUUCCAACUCAUCUUGCGAGUUCCACUGGUCCACACAGUACACCUUUCAGGCGCAACCCAUACACGAACAUCCAGUUCGCUUCAAAGACGGAGCUCACCAAAAAGAAACGUAACCCAGUGAUGCCAUUAUGGAGGCAACAUGUCAGUGCAGGCUUCACUCGCGUCGUUGAAGUGCGAGAAUUCUUGAAUGUUCAUAUGAAUGGUGGUCUACCGGGAAUAGAGCCGACCGAGGAUGAUAUAUCCACGAUGGAGACGAACGGAAACUCUGCGCAUCAAAAGCUGGUGCAGGCGGUCCGCCGAAACGGCCAUGAAUCUCGUCUGUACAAGCCUCUGGCAAACUAUCUCAAUGCUUUGUUUCAACAUUUCGACGCUGAGGAACGUCCAUACUUUGCAGACACCCACUCAACGGUCUUCCAGCCCCUCCACCCAACCGACCACGAUUCGAUGCCAGACAUCGCUCACUCUCUGCACGGAGACGAACCCGAUAAAUGGCGCUGGCUGGAGACGCCUGGUGUCGUGGAAGCCAAACCAAAGCUCGGCGACAUGUUUGACCCAAACAACAAAGCGGUCGGAAAGUCCGAGGAGGCUCGCAACAGUCUACUUCAACUGCUACACAACACCCGGCGAAUUAUGAUGGCUCGUCGGUCCUGUUAUACCUUCGUGGUCGCUGUCUUUGACAAGCACGCUCGAUUCUUCCGAGUGGAUCGUUGCGGAUUUGUCGUGUCUGAAAAGUUUGAUUGGACGAAGGAAACACGGCUCUUCCCGGAAUUCUACUGGCGCCUCUACAAGGCCGGUGGCAAAGGCGUCAUCCUAGGCGACGACUCGACCGUUACGAUCCCCACAAAAGAAGAGCUGUUGAAGAUGAGUGACGUGCUCAAAACCCUCACUGGCGAAAACUCAGAGCUCCAACCGACGCGAGAGACUCGGCCGGCCAACAAGCAGUCUGUUGUCCAUCCUGACCUGGUCGACAGUCGUUGGAUUAACGUCAUGAUCGACAACCAAGUUCGUCGAUGCCUUACUGUUGGGCUCCCGAUUCAUCAGUCAACGGGCAUGUUCUCGCGUGGCACACGUGUUGAUCGCGUACUGUUGGAAAAUGACCCACACCCGAAAUUCUAUGUCCUCAAGGACUCGUGGCUGCAAGCAUGUCGUUACCCCGAAUAUGUCUUCUACGAAAUUAUUCAAAACUAUGUCAAAACGGCGCCUAACUUGGACGCGAUGUCGCAAGGGCUGACGACUUGCGUAGGCAAAUAUGAUCUUGGCCGUGCUGAUAAGUAUGCGGACGCGGGUCACUGCACCAUAACCGCGCGACUACGGGACGAUGGCCUCGCUGGUCAAGAGCGUCUUCAUCAGCGGACGCUCACUUCCGACGUUGGACAGCACCUUGAUGAACUGAAGUCGAUGCAGCAUGUUAUACUCGCCCUCCGGGAUGCCGUUCGUGGUCACAAAGUUGCAUGUGACGCCGGUGUUAUACACCGCGACGUUAGCAUCGGGAAUAUCCUCAAAAGGCUUGAACCACUUCUCGCAGGGUUCCUGCAUGAUUUCGAUGUUAGUUGUCUCACGGAACAAGGUCUAGCAAUGGCAAAAAAGCUAUUUCCUAAGCUUGAGCACGGCGACAUGGACAAGAACCUUAAAGAGUUGACGGGAACUUACCCAUUCUUGGCCAUCGACCUCCUCGAAGCUCGUCGAAACCAUUUGCCCAUCCAGCACAAGAGCAAGCACGACCUCGAAUCUUUCUUUUGGAUUCUCAUUUGGAUCGUUUUCCGUCACACGAACCACUCUGAACCUAGUGGGGUUGCGGCCGCAAGUGAGCUUUUUGACGCGAUCGACGAUUAUACCGCGAGUGCUGUCAAGAUGCGCUUCUUGGAUGGUCGGAUAACAUAUCGAAAUAGGCUCGUCGUUCCGGAGAAUCAACCUCUUUCCUAUCUCAUCGACGCACUUGCCGCUCUCGUUCGAAACUCUACGGAUCUGAAGUAUGCAAACCCCACUAUUCCUCUCACCCAUGAAGCCUUCCUCUCCUGCCUGGAUUCCGCACUGGCAAAGCCCAAUUGGCCAGAAAAUGACCUGUUAGGCUUCAAACUUCCAUCCAUCGAGAAGAAGAAGGAGAACGAGCCUAGCUUUCCUGCUAUUGGUGUGCGUUGGGCGGUUUCGACUGACACUGGUCAUGCCCUUCCACUGGACGACGAUGAAGUCGUUGAGACUCCGGAGGACCCUUUCAGUGUUACGUCUACUGGCCGGAGUAGUUCUUCGAGGCCUGCCACUGGAGAUUCGUGGUUGAAGAGGAAGCGCGAGAAUGAACCCAUCCUCGGGGAUGGUCAGCUGUCUGACGAUGAAAACCAGGCAUUCAGGGCGAGGGAGGAGAAUCUUAAGAAGCGCCGCUUGGAGCUCGAAGCAGAGGAAAAGGCUCUAGAGGCUGCCAUACAAGCAGCCGUAGAAGCACGGAAAGCGCGGGUUUCGACCUCUGCGUCGUAG